GUCGCGUUUAAAAUAAGCUAGCAUAGCAGGCUAGUUCUCCAGCGCCGCCAGGAUGUCGUCUCCUGAACACUUGGACGCGCUCCGAAAACAAAAUAAGGAGCUGCUGCAGAAGUUGAAACAUUACACUGAAACGCGUGUAAAUGUAGACAGUUCAAGCAAACAGUUCGAAAGUGAAACACUGAAGACUGAAGAUGUUCGGAAAUUCGCGCGGACGCGGCUGACAGAAAGAAAUGGAAGUUUAUUACAUGUCUCGGAUUAUUUUAUAAAUCUGUCUGUCAGUGAAAACCGAGCAAAAGUGCCGCGAAAUGCUUUGUGUAAACCGAAAAACUUGAAUGAAAAGCGUGGCAUGAAAACACCAGACCUGGCAGAAGUGUCGUCAGACGAGGAAGCAAAGCAUUCGUCAGAAGAUGUCCUCCGUCUAGACCAAGGAAACACUCAUCUACAUGUUCACUUUAAACCUAAAAGAGCGGUUCAGCCCAAGUUUAUUAUCUCAAAAGACAACGGUCAAAGUGUUGAUGGCAGAGUCAGGUUUCCAUGUGCAGACGAUGAGCUGAAGACUGCCUCUGAGUCAGAGAGACGACGUGUGCAGCCUUUACUAGGAUAUGACUGGAUAGCUGGCCUGCUUGAUGCUGAGAGCUCCCUGACCGUGCGCUCAGAGCACUUCUUCAACGAGCUUCGGACAUUUCGCCAAGUCAAUAAGGAAGAGUGUGUCCACGGUGGUUCCUCAUGGCUUCCUGUUGAAACAGCCCCCGGUGAGGAUGAUGUGACUAAUAACGAGCACACUCCAGAGACACACCAAUGCACGUUCUGCUACAGAAUAAACAGUCGGCUUUUUGCAACUCCCCUGGAUUCUCAAGCUGCGUGUCCUGUUUGCAGGAUGCCCAAAGAAAAGCAUCCACACACAGAGAACCAGCCUGCGUUUAUCAGGGUCAGCAUUCCUUGCACAACACUUCUGCCAGCGUACGAAUACAAAGCGCACCGCCGCUGCAGCUUCGAUCCAUCGGACAGUCUCGGCCUGCCCGCUCACUGUCUGUCUGGAUGGACGAACACCUCGAUGGGAACAGGCUCCAAGAUGAGCAGCCUCGAUCUAAGAAGCUCUGUGGAGAUCAGGCCUUCAGCCCAUCCUGCAAAACAACUGCCACAGGGGGCUGCAGAUGAGGAGUGAAAGAGCCACAUGUGGCAUUCAAACCGCGAGUUGUCGACCCUUGCUCUAUCUUCUUCCCCAUGAGUGUACAAAUAAUAAUUUAGUUGUCAACAGCAGGGUAAUUCCCACAUUAUGGAUGUGACUGAGUAAAUCUUUUGCUGACUAAGUAUGCAAAUUGUGGUAUCAUGUACAUGUGAGGGGAAAAUAUGUGUUCAUUUCAAUUUUACACACAUGUCUGUAGAGUGUAUUUACGGUAUGUGUAGUUAUAUAUACUGUAAAUAAAUGCCUAUAAACGGUACAUACAAUUUAAAUGACACGAGACUGCAUGCUGUGGUUAAGUACAUGGAAGUAAGAGUAAGUGUACUAAAUAUAUAUAUUUAACAUAUAUUAACAAUGUAUUUUAAACAUUUGUUUUGCGCUGACUGUAGGGAAUUACAUAAUGUGUACAUCAAUAAAGUUGACAUUUGUUUG